CCAUCAGUCCGUACACUUGAUCCUGUGCUCCUCUGCUCUCUGUCCAGACUCCAAAGCUGCGCUCCAGUGCAUCUCACUUGGAAGUAACCAGCAACCUCACAUGGAUGCCAUGCCAUACAAGUUGAUCUGGAUCCUGAGAUGAGACACAAAAACCAAGCAAAUCGCAUCUCGCCAAACAAACAAAUCCCCCGAAACUCGCCAGAUCCAACGGCCACUCCACGCUCCACUUGCGAGAUCGCGAGGGAUCCGACGGCUCACAGCGUCACAGGCGGCGGCAGCGCAAGUCGAUCGCCAUCGCUGCCGGCUCGCUCGCAGCUGAGGCUUCUUAACUCGCUAGAGACAAUCGCGUUCACUUCUCACUUCUUCAGUGGCCAUUACUCAGCUCACCUACUCCAGAUCUCGCCAUGGCGGCGGCGUCGUCUCGGUGGCAGCGGAUGGCCGCGGCGUGCUUCGUCCUCGCCGCGCUUGCGAUGUGGGCGGCGCCCGCGGCGUGCGGCGCGCGCGCGGUUCCUCGUGGGGCGGGGGCGGGGGUGGCGGCGCAGCAGGCGAACGCGUCGUCGUCGUCGUCGGCGGCGGCGGACGAGUUCCUGGCGCCGCACAACCAGGCGCGGGCGGCGGUCGGGGUGGCGCCGCUGCGGUGGAGCGGCGACCUGGCGGCGGCGGCGGCGAGGACGACGUCGCAGCAGCAGGGCGGGCAGGGGCGGCGGUGCGGGUUCGCGGACAUGAGCGGGAGCCCCUACGGCGCGAACCAGGGGUGGGCGAGCUACCCGGCGCGCCCCGCGGAGGUGGUGGCGUCGUGGGUGGCGCAGGGGAGGUACUACGCCCACGCCAACAACAGCUGCGCGCCGGGGCAGCAGUGCGGCACCUACACCCAGGUGGUGUGGCGCCGCACGGCGGAGGUCGGCUGCGCCCAGGCCACCUGCACCACCGGCGCCACGCUCACCAUCUGCCUCUACAACCCGCACGGCAACGUGCAGGGCCAGAGCCCCUACUGACCGGUCUCUUCGCCGCCGCCGUCGCCGUCGCCGUCGACGUCGCCGGAGCGUUGUUGUCGGUUUGCUUUUGUGCUUAUUAAGCUUACUAAUGUGACUGUGGUGUGUGAUCUUGUCUGUGUACUCUUGUGUUAUUACGCCUACGUGGUGUUUAGAGCUGCGUGCGUGCUUAAGAUUUGGACUGAAAAUGAUGGAUGUUGUGACGCGCGUGUCAGCACGUGCUGCUUGGAGUGUAGCUUGUGAUAUGGCUCUUGAAUUCGAAUGCUAGGUUUGUGUAGAUCCA